CAAGCUCACAGUGCGUGUGUUAUAUCCAGCAUGAAACAUGUCUGAGUUGGUCGUCUACUCUGAAGUGAAGUACAAAAAGGAGUCAAAUGCAGAUACAGGCCGAACUGAACCACAGAUAAAAGGAGAGACACCUGAAGAUGACAUUUUGUAUGCUGCUGUGGUCCAUAAGGCUGAUAACACAAAUCAACGAGACCCUCCAAAGUCAGUUGCGCCUGCUGACUCUUCCUCCAAAGGGUCAAAGAGCAUAGGGAGGCGUGGCCUUCUGCUAUUGGCUGUGGUGGUGCUCUGCAUUCUUAUCCUGGGAACUGUCAUCGGUCUGAGUUUAUACGCUGGAUGUCAGUCUUCUAAAUGGGACCAUGGCUGGGAAAGACACGAUGGACAGUGCUACUUCUUCUCUAAUAAGACUCUAAGCUGGUGUCAGAGUCAAGACGAAUGUGUCUGUAUGAAGAGCCAUCUGGCAAUCAUAAAUGAUGAAGAAGAGCAGAAAUUGUUGAUGAAGAUAAUCAAAGGAAAAAUGCAGUAUCCUGAGGACAAGUUCUGGAUUGGUCUGAAUGAUAGACAGACAGAGGGAGUGUGGCAAUGGGUGGACAACACUCCUCUAAACCACAAAUUCUGGCUGAACAACAAUGGCCCUGAUGACUGGAAGGGGAAUAAUCAUGAAUAUCCUGAUGGAGAGGACUGUGUACGGAUGGGAGAGAAGAAUUUUAAUGGCGAUAGUGCAGCAGGCUGGGUGGAUACGGCCUGUGAGAUAGAGUUCAAAUUCAUUUGUGAAGCUAAAGUUUGCUUAUAAUCACAGAGAAUCAUACAUCUUACUUCGUAGUCUCUAUAGUCAAUAUCAAAGGCAUAUAAACAUAUCUAUUACUGAUCUGUUGCCAGAUAUGUAAUAUUAUUGCCAUGUUAAUUAAUUAUCUCACUGUCAUGUCAAGAGUGUGAAUUUCAAGUUUUUACCCAAUUGACAAGUCACACGCAAGGCUAAUGAAAUGGGGAUCCAGAUGAUCUACAUCAUCACCUUCAGAUCUUUGGC